CCGGUGUAAAUUUCUUUUAAAAAAACACACAUGUAUUGAAAAUACACUUGUUAAAGAUUAUUGGUGAUAUGGCUGCUACACGUAAUGUAUUUUGUGGAAUUUGUGAAGCCCGUCAUAUGUCAAAGGCAGCUACUAUUUGGUGUUCUGAGUGUGAUGAAGGAUUAUGCAUCGAAUGUCAUGCCCAUCAUAGUAUCUCAAAAUCGUCGAAGCACCAUGAAGCCAUUUCGAUUGAAAGUUACAAUAAGGUACCAACAACUAUAACAAAAAUCGUCAACUAUUGUAACGAACAUGACAUGAAAUAUACAAAUUAUUGCCCACAUCAUGAAAAGCUUUGCUGUCCUGCUUGUAUUUACUUUGACCAUAAAAGCUGCACUGAUAUUCAGUUACUUCAACACGUACUUAAAACUGCAAAGACGUCGGCUUUGUUAGACUCCAUCGAACUAAGUAUUGAAGACUUAAAAAGUAAUAUUAAGGAUAUAAUAGAAGACCGUCAAAGAAAUAUUUUCAAAAUCCAUGACCAACGAAAGGUAUAUCAGCACGAAGUGAAUCAAAUACGAAAUAAAGUAAACUUUUAUAUAGACACACUGGAACAAAAAAUGCUUAAAGAAAUAGAUGAUGCAGAACACAAAGCAUAUACAGAGAUGAAGAGGUUAAUAGGAAAAUUAUCAGAAAAAACGCAUGUGGCAAAUAACCUUGUACAAAAAAUUUCAGCGAUAAAAAAGUAUGCAUCAGAUUUUCAGUCAUUCAUUGGAAGUAAAUCGAUUGAAGCCGAAGUAGAAGAAGAGGAAAAGUAUUUAAAUUCAUUAACCAAGGAUGGUAGUUUUAAUCAAAUUCGGUUAAAACUGAACAUUGAAACCAAAUUAUCGAACAUAGAAUCCACAAUAGAUUCAUUUGGAACAGUGACUUCAGAAAUAGAACCACCAAGUGUUAUGUUGAAAAGUAGAAAGGUUAAACAAGCUCAAAUUAUGUCAGUUGUUCCACACGUUGUCCAAAAAUCUUUUGAUGAAUUGACACUCUCUCAAAUAUCGCAAUUCUCAGUGCAAGUAAAGAAACGAAAACGACAACAGUCGAAUGAAAUAAGGGGAAUUACUGUUUUACCUAACGGAAGAAUAAUCUUGGCAGACAAUGGGACAUCGAAACUGUAUAUUGUAAAUGACAAUGGUAAACUCUACAAAUUAAUAUCCUGUCCAACAGCUGGGACUGGACCAUUUGACGUCACCUACAUUAAAGACCAUGAAGUGGCGAUAUCACACUCCAGGGGCAUUCAGAUCAUCAACAUUAACUCAGGAACCGUUUUAGAAAGUAUUAAAACUGAUGGAGAGUGUCGAGGAAUAGCACACAACAACGGGACAAUAAUAUGCUGCGUCAAAUCAAAGGGGAUUCAAUGCAUUCAGAUUUCAAACAAGACGAUAUCAACAUUGGUGAAAUAUCACGAAAAUAUUGACCCACUAGGCAUAUCUGUUUAUGGAAACAAAAUUUACGAAACCAGCUAUAAUUACCCUGCCGUUAAUUGUUACACGUUGGAAGGCAAGCGCUUGUGGCAUUUCAUCGCCGAAGAUUUCGAUUUGGUGCAGCCAACAGGAAUAGCGGUAGACAACAAUUCAAACGUAUACAUUGCAUUCCCUUUUUACCAUUCCAUAAUUGUUUUGUCCUCAGACGGAAAAAAGUUUAAAAACAUUCUUACACAUAAAGAUGGAUUGUACCAGCCAAUAGCACUACAUUUUGAUGAAACUAAUAGCACCUUGUUCAUCGCUAACAAAGAACAGCCAAUAUGUCUGUAUCAUGUUCAAUAAAAUAUACGUUAUCACUUUCGUUUUCAUUUACGAAAUGACCCUUUUGUGUAUAU